UGUUUGAAUGUGUAAAGUUUGAUCGAUUGAUUUUGAAAAGCCUGACCGGAAGUAAGAGCGUCAGUGACGCGUGCGGUCUUGACGCCGGCGCAGCGCCGCUCGGUCAGUCCGGUCUGGCUCGUGCUUCGGGCAGCUUCGUGUCUUCGCUGCGGCGGAGAAAUAUGAUGCGGAGCAGCAGCGGAACCGGAGCCCGUGAACCGGAUCAGUCCAGAACCAGAAGCAGAGCCAGACUAGCUGAAACCUCUGGCCCGGCACGGCUCGGCUCGCAGACAGCAUGACAGCGGAGGAGAGAGCGACGACAGAGAAAGGGUCCAGCCGCUGAGAGAGGCAGCUAGCCGGGCAGCUAACGGCGCGAUGACCGCGGAGGGAAGCGGCGGCGGAACGAUCCGCAGCCGCAUCAAGAACCUGCUGCGCUCCCCGUCCAUCAAACUGAGGCGGAGGAGCGGCACCGCGCGGCACAAAGAGGACCUGAGCGACAAGGUCACCUUGGAGAAGGUUCUGGGUAUCACGGCUCCAGGGAACCGAGCGCUGGCCUGCGAUGCCCGAACUGGACUGUUGGUGUAUCCUGCUGGGUGUGUCGUCGUCCUGUUGAAUCCUCGGAAGAACAAACAGCAUCACAUCUUCAACAGCUCCAGGAAGGCGAUCACCACAUUAGCAUUUUCCCCCGAUGGCAAAUACAUUGUCACAGGAGAGAGCGGUCACAUGCCUGCAGUCCGGGUCUGGGAGGUGUUGGAGCGUCAGCAGGUUGCAGAGCUGCAGGAACAUAAAUAUGGCGUCGCCUGCGUGUCGUUUUCUCCCAAUGGGAAAUACAUUGUCAGCGUUGGCUACCAACACGACAUGAUGGUGAACGUGUGGAACUGGAAGAAAAACAUCGUGGUUGCAGCCAAUAAGGUGUCCAGUAAGGUGACGGCCGUCUCCUUCUCUGACGACAGCUCCUACUUUGUUACCGCCGGCAACCGCCAUGUCAAGUUCUGGUACCUGGACCACUCCAAGACCUCUAAGGUGAACGCCACCGUCCCUCUGCUGGGGCGCUCGGGGCUGCUGGGAGAGCUCAGGAACAACUUCUUCAGCGAUGUGGCGUGUGGGCGGGGCCGGCAGGCCUCCUCCACCUUCUGCAUCACUUCCUCCGGUCUGCUGUGUGAGUUCAACGACCGGCGACUCCUCGACAAGUGGGUGGAGCUGCGGAGAGUCGACUCCGCCUCCGCGUCUCAGGCCACCUGCCUGUCUGUCACAGACGAGUUGAUCUUCUGUGGUUGUUCUGACGGGACGGUCAGAGCCUUCAGCCCCGUCAAUCUGCACUUCCUGUGCACUCUACCCCGCCCACAUUGUCUGGGAGCCGAUAUCGCCAGUAUGGUGAACGCCAGUCAGCUGUUCUCCUGCAGGCCGGAGGCUCGUUACCCAGACACGGUGGCGGUGACCUAUGACCCCACAAACCGCUGGCUGUCGUGCGUCUACAAUGACCACAGCGUUUACGUGUGGGACGUCCGCGACCUCCGGGACCCUCGGAGGGCGGGAAAACUGUACUCGGCCCUUUAUCACUCCUCCUGUGUGUGGAGCCUGGAGGUCUACCCAGAGGGGGGUGGAGGAGGAGGAGGAGGAGGAGGUGAGGUUCAUCUCCCUCCUGGAUCCUUCCUGUCCUGCUCCUCAGACAACACCAUCCGACUGUGGAGCAUCGAUGGCCUCAACAUCAUCAACCGGAACAUUCUGAGCCACGACCUGCAGAAGGUUAUCUACGUGGACGAGAACAUCACCAGCCUCCUCGACACAGAGAGCGCCGGAGAGUCAGGCUCAGAGGGGCAGCAGACAGACCAGAGCAAGGUGGGCAUUAGGACCCUGAAGGUCAGUCCUGAUGGGCAGCACCUGGCCUCUGGAGACCGCAUGGGAGUCCUCAGGAUCCAUGACCUGGACAGCAUGGAGGAGAUCAUGAACGUUCAGGCUCACGACUCAGAGAUCCUCUGCCUCGAGUUCUCAAAGCCAGACACAGGUCUCCAGUUAUUAGCCACGGCCAGUCGGGACCGUCUGAUCCACGUCCUGGAUGCGGGCCGAGACUACAGCCUGGUCCAGACUCUGGAUGAACACUCGUCCUCCAUCACUGCCGUCCGAUUCGCUGCCAAUGAGGGCAAAGUAAGGAUGAUCAGCUGUGGAGCCGAUAAGAGCGUUUACUUCCGGACCGCUCAGCAGCUGGACGACGGGCUGCAGUUCACGAGGACUCAUCACGUGGUGAGGAAGACGACGCUGUACGACAUGGACGUGGAGCCGACCAGGAAGUACGCAGCAGUGGGCUGUCAGGACCGCAGCAUCAGGAUCUUUAACAUCAGUAAUGGGAAACAGAAGAAGUUGUAUAAAGGCUCUCAGGGUGAGGACGGGACGCUCAUCAAGGUGCAGAUCGACCCGUCGGGUCUCUACAUCGCCACCUCCUGUUCAGACAAGAACAUCAGUAUCUUUGACUUCUACUCUGGAGAGUGCGUGGCGACCAUGUUCGGACACUCAGAGAUCGUCACAGGUCUGAAGUUCAGCAGUGACUGCAGACACCUGAUCACCGUGUCUGGAGACAGCUGUAUCUUCGUGUGGCGUCUCAGUCCAGAGCUGACCAUCAGGAUGAGGCAGCGACUCGCUGACCUCCGACCUCCCAGCAGCACUCAGAACUCCCAGAAUGCACCUCAACAGAAAGUGUCAAACCUCAGCAGCAGCAGGGAGCCGCCGGCUCCUCGGGUCGUUACCAUGUCGUCAGACAGUGACAAGGAGGAGGAAGAGGAGGAGGAGGAGCUCUGCUGUCCUUAUGUGCUCACAGCAGGAGGUCUGGAGGAGGACCCGGAAACGUGCGAUGAGAAGUUCAGCGCUCUGGACGGCAGGAAGCAGGUGUUGGGGGGUCGACCUCCUCGUCGGCGCUGGUCCAGGAGGGUGGGCAGGUCUGAGGAGGGGGUCCUGAUGGUGAAGUCCAUGUUGGACCUGAGACUGCUGGACUCAUACCACCCAGGCAGACAGGAGGAGACCCAGGACGAGGAGGAGGAGGUUAAGACACGCCCCCUCGAUAUAAGUGCCUCUUCCUGCAGCCAGAGGGGGAGGAGCCCAGGUGUGGAGGUGGGGCUACACAGGACCAAUCAGGAUCUGGGGAGCACCGUCAGUCUGCAGGUCACCUCUGCAUGGGCAGAGGACAGUGAGAUGAGGACCAAUCAGAGGCCAGACUUCAUCCAUCUGUCCAACCACAGCCCAGACAGGGAGGAGCUGGUGCUGUAUCCUGACCAAUGGGAGGACAGAGUGAGCCUGGCUGAGAGUGAGUUCCAGGUGAAGGAGGCGUGUCCUGCUGCUGCAGGUGGACGACAGGACAAACCCAGUCCAGACAGCGGCUGCUCGCUGGGCUUCAGCUCCAGUCUGUCCAGUCCAGUCAGACCUGCCGGAGACGAGUCGGAGCCCACAGAGCCUCUGAGUGUGGACGGGAACUCCUCUGAGCUGGAGGAGGAUGAAGAAGAGGCAGCAGGUGGAGGAGCAGCAGCAGCAGGAGGAGGAGGAGGAGGAGGAGGAGUCAGAGCCGCUCAGCUGGUGCCUCAGACUCCAGACCAGGAGGCCUUCCUCAAGGAGCACUUCGUCACUCUGGCCGACCUCUCAGGCUCAGGAAGUCCCAGCAGAGCAUCUCACAGCUCCAGUGAGAGUCUCAGCAUCUCCUCCAGGUUUUUGUCCCAGAGUUCAGCUGGAAGUCGUACAGUUCUUCCUCUACCAUCUCGGACCAACGGGGCAGGAGGAGGGGAGGUGAAGGCCCGGCCUCUGGUCUCAGAGGUCCGACCUCUGAUGGAGCAGAAUCACACCCAGGAGAGGAAGGUCUCCUGGAACCAGGACCAGGACCAGACGCAGCUUUCAGCUCAGGGUCCAGAUCAGCUCCAGAGCCAGAUGGAGGAGCAGGAGACCUCCUCAGGUCAGCAUGCCCAACGGACCUCCCCCCUGAAGAAGAAGGUCCAGACCACGGCCCAGGAGUCCAGAAGGAACCUGGGUCCAACGGCACGGGCUGCCACCUCCCAUUUGAACUCCUCCUCUGGACUCCGCAAGGCUCAGUCGGUCCAGAACCUGCUGACGGACACAGGUGACUCCGCCCCCUCCUCGGUGUCUCGUCCCUCCAGAGAAGUCUCUCCUCAGCCGCUCGUCCCCCCUCAGCGUCCCACCACCCUCCCCUCCUCCCCCAGACGGCCCCCAUCUAUAGCCACGCCCAUCCAGAAACCAAGCCCGGCCUCCCCGAGGUCGCCACAGCAGGAGACAGCCGCCGUCACCUCGACACCAGCCUCGUCUGCUGUCUCCACCCCCAGGAAGUCCUCCUCUUCCUCCGCUGCUGCCUCCACGCUGUCAGCUCGCUCCUACAUGAGCCCCACCGCUAGCUCCAUGGCCAAGAUGUCGCGCUCCGUCUCCAUGGGUGACGGCCUCAACACUGAUCCCGGCGAGGACCCCUCAGUGACAUCAUCCUCCUCUCAGGUCAAGGAGACUCCGCCUCCUCUUGUUGCCGUGGUGCCCUCUAGCGCCACUCUGGCCACACACCCUCACGCCACCAUUGUCCCCGUUGUAGUCGCCUCCCCAUCUCUGGGUAACCAUGGUAACCAGGCGGCGGCUCCACCACGCAGCCUCCAGGCUCGAGUCCCCGGCAGCAGCAGACCGCUCCCCGACAAGCCCUCCAUCGCCUCCUUUACUCCACCCUCCUCCUCGUCUUCAUCGUCGCGGCCUCCUCCCAUCUCCGUCUCCCCCCUGACUCCCCCCCGGCAGGAGGAGGAGCCUCAGAGAGACGACACAGGUUUGGACCCUCCUCCUCCUCUUCAUCCUUUCAUCCUGUCAUCUCUCCGUUGGGGCUCUGCCUCCUCUUCCUCCACUCUGACGGACCAGCCAAUCAGUGUGGAGAACUGCAGAGCUCUGACCAAUGAGCUGCAGAGCUGCUUCAAGAGAGCGACACACCUGUACAGGAAGGUGAGCGGCUCCUCCAUUGAUGACUCCGCCCCUGACCAGCGUCAGAUGGCUAUUGUCCUAUCAGAGGCCUUCCAGGCCAUGAGGGCAGAGCUUGACUGCCUGCCGCUCGGAGCACCGAGCAUGCUGGGAGUGGAGGGGGGGCUGGGAGGAGUGGGGGAGGCAAAGACGGCAGCUCUGCUGGAGGAGUACUCACUGCUCCUCCUGCAGGCCGUCAGCAGGAGGCUCGACACACAGCACUAAACUCCUCUCUGUCUUCCUCCUUUUACUUCUUGUUUAUUGUAUUUUUUAUCACCUCCUCCUGCUCCUCUUCAUCACAGAUUUAGGGAUCUGAAGCCAUUUUGUUUUGGAUUCUGUUCUCCAGUCUUAACGAGUGACACCUCGAUUCUUUGGACUGAGUUUUUAGAAGCUUCUGAACUUUUUAUCGAAGUUGUUUUUUAAAGACGUUUUUCCGACAUUCUGAAGAUUUUUCUCUGUUUUCAUUCCCGUCGUUUGGAUUAUUGAUCUUCUAUUGAUUAUUAUGUAGAAACAUUAGAGACUUUUUAAAGGAGCAAACAGCAA